AUGUCUUCUGCGGCCUUCCUACGCAUUGCGGCGCGCAACCCUCCACCAAGUCUACUUCGAAAGCCGUGGCCGAUGGCCCGACGACUCUCCCCAUCACACGGUCCAACGUCCGCCUCAUCACCAGUCGUAUGUGCGCGUACAUUCAGUGCAGCGAGUAAGAGGUCAGUGGCGAGUUCCAUUGGUGGUGGCGGCCACCAACCAGAUGAAACAUUCGAAGAGUUUACAGCCAGGUAUGAGAAGGAGUUUGAAGGUGUAAACGACGUCUUCGAAUUACAGCGGAAUCUGAACAACUGCUUCGCUUACGACCUUGUUCCAUCGCCGUCGGUAUGUACUGCUGCACUGCGCGCUGCCAGAAGAGUCAACGACUUUCCUACUGCUGUACGGAUAUUUGAAGGCAUAAAAGUCAAAGUAGAGAACAAAGGUCAAUACUACGAAUAUUUGCGUGAACUUGAACCGAUACGAGACGAGCUGGGAGUGGACCUGAAGGAGGAUCUGUAUCCUGAACCUUGGUUUACCGGUGGUGCUAACAAGGAUUGA